AUGAGUUCAAAUAAAAUAGAAGUGAUCAAGAAAAGUAAUCUGCCAUCUCAAGGAAUGCGAUGCCAAAAGUGUUUGAAUUACGGUCACUGGAGUUACGAGUGUAAAGGUAAACGAAAAUAUUUGCACAGGUCAUCUCGUACUGUGCAACUUAAAUUAGCUUUAAAAAUGCAAGAAGAAAAUCAAAUGAAAGAAAAGAAAGAAGAAGUUAAGAAGUCUCAUGGUCAGAAGAGAAAAAGAAUGAGAAAAGAAUCAAGUAGUUGCAGUGAUUCAAGCUCUUCUAGUGCCGAUAGUAGCAGUUCUAGUAGCAGUAGUGAAAGUAGUAGUAGCAGUUCUUCUUCGGAUAGUGAGUCAGACUCGAAUGAUAGUGUUUCUAGUAGCAGUAGCAGUAGUAGCAGUAACUCUUCACACUGAAAUAUGUGAUAUAUUUAACAAUCAGACUUAUUAUUAUUAUUAUUUUUUCGACAUAUUACAUGCUUAUUUUUGUAAAAUAGCUCUUUUUAUUUUCUCUAAAAAGUACUAUUUAUAUAUAUGAUUUUCUAUCUUAGUCAGUAAGAUAAAACACUCAUGGAAUAUCCUAAUAUCUUUUAUACAUUACAUAUUUUACUUACUAAAUUUUUCGUUAAUAGGAUGUUCUCUAUUUUCUUUUUGGUUUUUUUUUUUUUUAUUUAAAUAUAUCAAAUGUGACUAACGAAUAGAAAAAAAAUUUAUAUAAGUAAUAUAAACUUAACGUAAUAAUUCUUAUUAUUUGAUUCUCCUAAAUCUAUUUUUGUAGAAUCCCUAUGGCUAACCAGAAUUUUAGGAUUAAAAAAUUAAAGAAAUAUAUAUUCUCUUUCUUUAUAAAGUUUUUGUUUAGUAACAUGCUUUCCAUAUUACUUCUCUAAAGUCUAAUGAUACUCUAUUCUUUCACUCUACUCGCUCUACUUUUCAAUAUACUCCAACCUCAUCCAUUUAUUAUUCAUUCCUUCGUUUAUUUGGCGAAUAUUAAUACCAAUAUUCCAAAUAAAUUAUACUCUUUGCAAUAAACGUUUAUAUAAUUUUAUUUUUUUUAGAGAAAAGUCAUAGCAAUAUCAAUAAGAGUAGACCUUUUGAAACAAAUACAUAAUAUAUAAUAAAAUUAAUGUAAUUCGGUACAUAUUUUACUUACAAUUGUUCAUUAUUAAAA